AUUCUCAACUCGGGAUUUUUUUUUUUUGCAUGGAGGGUUUUAGAAGAAUUGAGUCUCGAACGAGUUCAGAGGCAUCUGUCUCUGAGUUGAUUCCUCAGAUAUCACCCGAGUUUGCUCACCAUGGACAAAAUCCAAGCCUGGAUUCUCUGAUGAAAGAAACUACCUCUAUAGAAUGGACAGAUGAGAAGCACAGUUUAUACCUUAAUUCCAUGGAAGCAUCAUUUGUUAACCAGCUAUAUGAUUCUACGAAUUCUCUUGGCUGGAACUCAAAGGAGAAAUUGCCAGUAUCAAAAUCAUCGAGGAAACCGCAUUGUAUCUCUUCAGGCCAGUUUAAGGUCCUUCGAGGUGGUUUCUGGAAGAAGAUCAAUUUUGAAAGACCUGGAUUUAUACUAAAUAAAAGAGAUGGCUCUCAUUCUUUUGUGGGGAGUCCUUGGAUCCAACACUUCAGAUCUGGGUCAACGUCUCGUGGUGUUUUAGCCUCUUGUAGUCUUCAAGAUAACGGUUCAUCCGAAGAGGUGUCGGAUCAGAACUUUGUAGACGAGGAACAAGGUGAAAAAGACUAGCAGUGAAUCUAGCUCAAAGAAGCUGAAAACUCUGGUAACUGAUGCUUCAUGCAAUGAUCAGGUUGUUCCAUGAGGUGAAGUCUCGACCAGUGAUACAGUGAGCAAACAGAUUCCAUAGACGUUCGUUUUUGGUGUCAACAUGUAUAUGUUAU